GUGGCGUGGCAGAGGAACUGAUAGAGAACUUUCAAAGCUCUUUAUCUUCUACCAUCACUCAACUAGCCUCUAUAUCGCAGUUCCAAACUGAAAGUGUGUCUCACAAAUUUUAUAAAAAGCUUUUAGUUCUAUCUUGCCUUCAUCUGAAAGAAAGAAAGAAAAGAGGAGUGCUGGCUGGCUUGCCCCUCAUAUUUAUAUAUAUUUUCUGUCUCACUCUGCGUGUCGGUACCAUGAGACCAGAAGGAAAUCCAUUAGACCUUAACAAUUUGCCUGAUGACUACAAUAGAGAUCAUGGCAAACAACUCCUCCAAGACACCUUCUCUCCCGGUUGCAGGAAAAAGAAAAGCGGCGGCGGUAAGGAUGGAAAAGAGGAGUGUGGGAAGGUGUAUGAGUGUAGAUUUUGUUCCCUCAAGUUCUGCAAGUCCCAGGCUCUUGGGGGACACAUGAACCGCCACCGCCAAGAGAGGGAAACAGAGACGCUGAAUCAUGCCCGUCAGCUGGUGUUUGCUGCUCAUCAACCUCCACCUCACUUAGGGUAUGUUUGUCAUUUCCAUUAUUUCCUUCUUCCUCUCCUUAAUUCAUCUUUUGAAUUCAGAUGCUGUCAAGACCCAAGAUACUUCUCUGCGUCAUCCACGUCAUCAACCGCUUCAGCAUCUCAUCAUCAGCCCUAUCUAUACGCUUCACCAUCCAGGCCACCGCCGGUCUCCUUCGCUCCUCCUCCUCAGGAUUACUACGUGGGCCAUGUCCUCAGCACCAACUAUGGCGGUGCGGCAGAGUCAUCAGCAGGAGCAGGAGGAGGCAGUUACACGUGCAUAGGUGCAGCGGUGGUGGGACAAGCAGGGAAGGAGAGGGAGCAGGAAGGGUCGUUGAAUUGGGGAAGAUCAUCAUCAACAUCGGGAUCACAGCCUCAUCAUCGUUUGGAUCCUCCUUCAGCGAUCAAUCGGUUUCAAGAUGGGUUCUAAUAUAAUAUAUAUGAGAUUCUUUGUUUAUUAUAUAUAUUUGAGUAAGUGAUGAUUAUGAAAUAGAGUUGUAGUAUGCUAUGCAGUAUGUAUCAUAAAGACACGCCAUCCGAAUGAGAAUGAGAGAGAGACAUAACAAGACAGAUGGGGUCAUGACUCAUGAGUGAGAAG